UCCGGGGUGCUGAGCCGCGUGGGGACGGGAGAGCCGCGUGGGGACGGAGCUGUCCGAGGUGCUGAGCUGCGCCGCGCCAGGGCGGCACCAUGGUGUUCGCUCCAGGUGAGAAGCCAGGGACGGAGCAAGACGAAGUUAAGCUGCAGAAUGCCAGCAAGCAGAUUGUGCAGACGGCCAUCCUCCGAGCUGUGCAGCAAGUUUCCCAGGAGAGCCAGCAAAAGGAGAAGCGAACAAACAGCAGUACGAGCCUCCAGCUAGAAAGAGGAAAAUUAACCAAGAAGCACGAAAAGAAGUAAAGGAGUGGAUUGCUUUGUUCAGUCCUCCAGUCUGCAGUGUUUUCAGCCUUCUCUUUAGUAUCAGCUGUAAUUGCUAGUGCGAUGUUACUGUUGAAAAGCAAACCAAAGUAUAAUCACACCUAGACAUAGGGUAAAGCGGCGAUAGUCCUCAGCUGAGAAAUAUUAAGUGCAUUAGAUGACUAACUCCAUGUUUAUGCAGUGCCUCUUAACAGAAACAAUAACCAUAGCUAUAAAAGUAGUUCCAAGCACAAGCUCUUAUGGUAUGGACUUGUUCUCAAAAGCUUGUUGUCAGUGCACUUUCAUGUAAGUUCUGCGUGAGACGUUUAUGUCAGUUCAGCUGGACAGACUCUUCUCUGAGUUACUGGGUUCACUGAAGCUGUCUUCACUGAAGAAAUAGCUAACUGUUGAGUGUAGCAGAAUACUUUCAGGCUGCCUUGAAGCAUGAAUUUGUACUUUGCUUUGAUUAAACAAGGACAAUGUGAAAUGGUGGGAUAAAGUGGAUAUGGUAAGUUCCAUGAACCAAUCUUGGAAUAAAAAAAAAAAGCAAUCCUGUGAGACUGCAGUGACUGUGAUCUAUGACUGGGAUCAUAGACCUAUGUUCUAUGUCUUUUUUUAAAGAAGUUAAAAGAAGUACUGAAGUUUUAGUCUACUUAUUUGAAAUACUUCUAUACUUCUGCAUAAGAAUCACUUGUGCCUCGACUAUUCCUUUUAGUUUUCUUGAUACUGAAAGAAGAGCAACUGAUGUGCUGAUAUGGAGUUCACCAGCUUUUCCUUCAGUUUUGUAAGUUUGCUGGGGAUUGAUUUAAAGAAAGACUGGAGUGUCUUAAAAAGAAAGUGUUUGAAUUUAUUAAUAUCUUGAAGGGUGGAAAUACACUGUGUUUGAAUGCUGUCAUGGUAGAUAUUUCUCACCUGCUGGACAUAAAGUGACUUUAGAUAUUUGCAGUUGUUACAUAAAGUCACCUUAAAUAGCACUGCUUUAAGCUGGUAAUACAGAAUUUAUCCUUCAACUGCUCUAUAUAGCUGAAGAAAUCCAUGAUGUUUCUGAAAAUACAAAUUAAAUAAAUGUAGCUUUCACUUUUAUGCUCCCUUACUGUAAUAACAAUUGCACUAUUAUACAUCUGAAAUGAAUAACAGUAUAUGUAAUUCUGGAAAUCGCUUGUAGCUCUGCUUCAGCUGAAUUGUUGUAGUAAUACACCUAGAAAUAUAGAGAAGCAGAUGCGCAGGAUCUGCAAAAAAGGAGACAAACUUUCGUAAUUGCUUUUCUACUCAGUUAAAUGAUUCUCAAAGAGACUUUUUGCUUUAAGUAAUUGGUUAUUACUUACUGUGUCCUACUGCUUGUGUUGAACAAAUUCAGGAUUCUUUCUCAUGGCCAGAGGCUUAGUCAUGAAUAGCCACAUACUGUAAUAUUAAGCCUUUGAAAUCUGCAUGGUUUCUUUUUUUCUUUUUUUUUUUUUUAAUUUAGCAGCACUGACUCAUACCAGAUAAUGAUUUAGCUCAAUCUUCUUUCACUUAAAAGUGCAAAGAAGAAUUUGACAUGAUUAAAAUUGUUCUAAAUCCUGUAAUAAUGAAAAGUGACUUGGACUGCAAGUACACAGUUAGUUCACUUCUAUAAACACUGGGUGGAUUUUUCCAGCCAAGCAAACUUUGAAAGGUAGAAGCAGUUGAGUCUUGAAACAUGUGCGUGUUUAUCGUAAUAGCAAUUUUUUUUACUAUUAGCUUUUUCAUCAAUUGACCUUUAAUUGGGAGGUAGCUCUAUUCUAAACACUCUUUGCAUCUUUGCUUUCUGAGAGCCUAAGAAAACUGAUCACGAGUAAAGGUUCAUUCUGAGGCUGAUGGGCAGGCAAGUCUAGUGGAUGAGGGAGAGGAAGCCCGUGGGAGAGACUCUGUGAUGCAAGGUGUUUGCCAUUAACUCACCUACAGUGCUGUAGGAAGGAGAGCUAUAGGACAGCAAAAUCCCCUAUUUUGGGGGGAUUAUUCUACUUUUUUUUUUUUACUUUUAAUUUAAAAGACAUAUUUGCAAUAUGUCUUUUUCUUUCCACAUCCCUGGUAAUUAUGUUAAUAAUCUGUACGUAAUUUGGAGGCU